ACAAAGUAUAUUUUUAUUAUUGAAACAUUUGAAUUCACACGUUAUUAAAUACAUGUUAAAUAUGUUUUGAAAUUUAACCUUCGCAUGUAAGAAAAUUGUACCGCUGGACAUAUACGCAAUGCCAUUGUUUUCAAAUAAAUUCUCCCCUAAGAAGACUCCUACGAGAAAAGUAGGAGUUUUCUUGGCAAACAAAGAUUUUAGUCCGAAACGUAUAGAGAAAGAACUCGGACCCACUAUUGGUCCUAUACAUUUAAAAUUAGGAGAUCAAGAAGCUGUCUUUGAGUCUGGUUCCUGGAUUCCAGAAUCUGGAAAAAUUGGAAGCACAUACAAAGAAAAUGAGAAAUUAAAAAAGGAAGUAAAGAGAUUAGAGGAUGAAAACAAUCUAUUAAAAUUAAAAUUUGAAGUACUUCUCGAUAUGUUGACACAAGCAACAGCAGAAUAUCAUUCGCAGAAGGAAGAAUUAGAUAAACUAAAACAGAAAUUACCAUAUAACAAAAAUAGAGAAUCUUGAUACAAAAGUACAUUAUCAUAAUUCAUCCUUUCUUUUACAUAUCUUACAUAAUUAUAUAAAUAUGUUCAUAUAACUAGAAUCUUAUGAAUCUCUUAAUAAUCAUUAACAUAUCUAUAUUCAAUAUAUACAUGUAUAUUUAUAAAUUUUAUUGUUGUAUAUA